AUGUCUUACUACGAGCAGUGCAAACAGCCCUGCCUGCCCCCUCCCAUUUGUCUGCAGAAAUGCAGCAAGUGUGUGGAGCCCUGCAAGACGGUGUGUGUGGAGCCCUGUGACAGCAUCUGUGUGAAGCCAUGUCCUACCCCAUGCGUGGAGGUCUGCACAACGCCCUGUGCCACCCAGUGCACCACGUCCUGCACCACCCAGUGUGUGGACCCAUGUCCCACCCAGUGCACCACCACCUGCAGCACCCAGUGUGUGGAGCCUUGUGCCACCCAGUGCACCACAUCCUGCACCUCCCAGUGUGUGGAGCCAUGUCCCACCCAGUGCACCACCACCUGCGUGGAGCCCUGCAGCACCCAGUGUGUGGAGGUCUGCCCCCCUAAGUGCAUUGAUGUCUGUGUAAAGCCGUGUGCCACUCAGUGCACCACUCAGUGUGUGGAGCCUUGUGCCACCCAGUGCUGCAGCAAGUGUGUGGAGCCCUGCCCACCCCCAUGCGUGGAGGUGUGUACCACCAAGUGUGUUGAUUCAUGUGAGACGGUGUGCCUGGAGCCAUGUAGCACUGUCUGCUCUCGGCCGUGCUGA